AUGUCGCAGGACAUUCGAGCCCAUUAUGUCCGCACGCAGGAAUAUACAUCGGCUCCGAAAUAUCCUCCCGGGGCCAUAAUCGGCUCUGCACUGGGCUACUUUGGUCAUGAAGAUUACGAAGACGACAAUGACACCGUCGUUGUUGACAGCAAAAUUUUCAAUCCCGCCACGCAUCAAUUCUCUGAGGGCGACUUCAUUUGUCCCGGUUUCUUCAGACUUGCACAUCUGGAUGGCUUCACGCGUCGUUUCAAGUUCAAUCAAUGGUCCUACGAGAUGCGUCGUGAAGCACAACCUAUCUUUCCGUUCCUAUCCUUGGGCCCGUCUUCUUGCCUCAGAGACCGCGAAUUUCUCUGUUCCCAGGGGUUCACUCUUCUCCUCGCUAUCCGCAACAGCCACUCUGCCCAGGCUCGUCUAGUCUCCGGCGAUAAGGCUGCUGCUGAACUCGGUGUGCAAGCUGACACCAUCGACGUUCUCGACAACCGAGAGCUGAUAUCCGCUUUUCCACGCGCCAUUCGUCGUAUCAAUGAUCAUCUCGCGGGUGUGGAUGCCGAUGUCUCUGGUAAUGCAAAAACGACCCAAGCUUGCCAUUUGCCCCUCAAGAAAAAGAUUUUGGUCUUCUGUGAAUCCGGCAACGAGCGAUCUGCAGCGGUGGUCAUCGCCUAUAUUAUGGUGAUGCUCAAUAUGGAUGCAGGACAUGCCACCCGCUUGACUCAGCAGCACCGCUUCUGUGUUUCCAUCGAGGAUCCGCUGAAAUGCAUUCUUUUCGCGUUCGAGUCCAUUCUCUCGGCCAAGCGUGACGUUGAGCACUCCAGACGCGCAAACACACAGACCGGAACAGCAACACUCGCCCCUCCAGUCGUGCCGCCUGUCUUACUUUCCAAAAAGCGAAGCUUUGCGGACCGUCGUGAUGAUGAUGCCGACAUGUCCGAUGCUGACAUGGACGUCGACAGCGAAAGCGACAUCUUUUCUGAGCGGAAACCUAUUGCUCCCUUUCAGGACCGCGUGGUAUAG